CUAAAGCUUUGGGGGACACUGUAUCUCACAGAUCUUAAAAACAUCCAGUCCCUUACGCAGUGUUAUUACAGGCGACCACUUUGAGGUGAGAAGAGCGAGAAGCCCAGAGCAUGAUGGGAAGCGGGAGGGAAGGAAGUGGGCAGAUGGAGUCCAGCAGAGCAGAGAUACUGUUAUACAGCUCAGAAGGAACAUGUCUCUGGGUUACUGGAAGCUGCUAGCCCUCACUCUGCUCCCCUGCAGUGUGUAUGCAGGUUCCUGUGGGCCCAUCCGAAAUAUCACCAGGAAAGUGGGAGGAACAGCGACUCUACCGGUGGAACCAACAGGGGACAGAGAGAUUGCUUGGAGGUUUAUCAUUGGUACCAGUGGGAAUCUAUUUGCUGAAACCAAACCAAACUCCCCUAUCAGUCUCAGGGAUUCUCAGUACCAGGGGAGAAUAGACAGCACCACUGAUGGCUCCUUAAUCUUCACUCAUCUAACCAAGAAGGACCAAGGGACCUACUCUACAGACAUCCCCCAAACAAACUGCGAUCAGUACUACAGUCUCAGGGUCUAUAAACCCCUAUUGGCUGAGGACAUAGAGAUCCAUCACAAUAGGAGUGGGAGUGGGAGCUGUAACAUUAUAUUAGGCUGCACAGUAAAUGAAGAGGAUGUGACCAUUACCUGGAGUCAUACAGACAGGACAGACACAGAGGGGCCCGGCCCUACUCUCCAUAUCUAUAAUGAAUCAGAUGGGGCCUAUACCUGUACUGCACGCAAUCCUGUCAGCAGUGCCUCUAGGGGUCUGGAACUUUCCGAUAUCUGCAAUAAAGGCACGGAUCAAACCCAACUAGGUGGCUAUAUCUAUUAUCUCAUGGGACUGAUAACUUCACCCCUGAUAUUGGGCUUCAUAUGGUGCUUUGUGAGAAAGAGGAGGAAGAGACCAGACUAUGAGAACCAGAAUGUAGUAGAAGAAAUGGGAGCACAGAGCGUCCGACCCCAGGAGACAGAGAACCAGAGAAAGAAACCCAGAACCCAGAAUGAGAGAAACAAACAACAAACAAACCCGGAACCACUGUAUCAGCAGCUGACAAGCUCCUUUAUUGAAUAUGAUGUCAUCGGGAGACAAUUAUAAUGAUGUCAUCAGGAGAUAAUCAUAAUGAUGUUAUUGGGAGAUCAUAAUGAUGUCAUCGGGAGAUAAUAAUAAUGAUGUUCUUGGGAGAUAAUAAUAAUGAUGUCAUUGGGAGAUAAUCAAUGAUGUCAUUGGGAGAUAAUCAUAAUGAUGUCAUAGGGAGAUAAUCAUAAUGAUGUCAUAGGGAGAUAAUUAUAAUGAUGUCAUAGGGAGAUAAUCAUAAUGAUGUCAUAGGGAGAUAAUAAUAAUUAUGUAAUCGGGAGAUAGUCAUAAUGAUAUAAUCGAGAGAUAAUCAUAAUGAUGUCAUCGGGAGAUAAUCAUAAUGGUGUCAUCGGGGGAUAAUCAUAAUGAUGUAAUUGGGAGAUAAUAAUAAUUAUGUAAUCGGGAGAUAGUCAUAAUGAUAUAAUCGAGAGAUAAUCAUAAUGAUGUCAUCGGGAGAUAAUCAUAAUGAUGUCAUGGGAAAUCUGCAUUAGCUUUAAUGUUUCUUCCAAAUGAAAUGAAUGAACUAUUUAAUGGAAUAAACUAAUCUUGACAUAAUAAAUAUGAAUGUAGUUUCUGA